AAAAUAAUAAUGCCAAAUCAAAGAAAAAACAGUUGGUUAGGCAUUGUUGUAAAUAUCUCACCAAAGCUGGUCAUUUCCACAAACACAUUUGUCAACAUAUACUCUAAAAGAUACAAUUACAACUACAACUCCAAAAAAGGCCAUAACUUCUCUUCUCCAUACCCACCUAGAGAGAGAAACACAAAUAAUCCAUAUUUUUUAGAGAGAGAAACACAACACACAACACACAACAAGAUGAUGCAUAAUCAUCUGGCUAUGUUGGAAGACUCUGAUGGACAACCACAAUCACCCAAUAAUCGCUCUGCAAAAAAACCCAGAAAAUUUACCCAGAAAAUCAAACAACAAGAUGAUGAAGAUGAAGAUUAUUUGUAUAAUAACUAUUAUUAUUUUACACCACCAACACCAUCUUCAAUUGUUGUGUGUGAUGCGCUUGAAUUUGAAUUUCCCAUCAUCUAUGUUAAUACCACUUUCGAGAUCUUUACUGGCUAUCGUGCUAAUGAAGUUCUUGGCCACAAUUGUCGUUUUUUACAGUACAGGGACCCUCAUGCUCAAAGAAGGCAUCCUCUGGUGGAUCCUGUUGUCGUUUCUGAGAUGAGAAGAUGUCUUGAAGACGGUGUAGAGUUCCAAGGGGAGCUUCUCAAUUUCAGAAAGGAUGGCACUCCCCUGGUUAACAGGCUGAGGCUUCAACCAAUAUAUGAUGACGAUGGAAUUGUCACGCAUGUCAUAGGCAUUCAGAUUUUCUCAGAAGCAAAGAUAAACCUUAACCAUGUAUCUUAUCCAGUUUUCAAACAGAUGUAUGACCAGAAAUUCAAGUGUGUAAAUGAGCAUUCCACAAAGGUUGAAGAAACCUGCGGUAUUCUCCAACUUUCCGAUGAGGUCUUGGCUUAUAACAUAUUAUCACGCUUGACUCCAAGAGAUGUAGCUUCAAUUGGAUCUGUUUGUAAAAGGAUAUACCAGCUGACAAAAAACGAGCAUGUCAGAAAGAUGGUUUGUCAAAAUCUAUGGGGUAGAGAAGUGACAUAUAAUUUGGAGCGAAUGACGAAAAACUUGGGGUGGGUUCGAUUGGCAAGGGAACUCACCACUCUCGAGGCAGUUUCUUGGAGGAAGUUUACUGUAGGGGGAUCAGUUGAGCCUUCGCGCUGUAAUUUUAGUGCAUGUGCCGCUGGAAAUCGUCUUGUACUCUUUGGUGGUGAGGGUGUUGGAAUGCAGCCUAUGGAUGACACUUUUGUACUCAACCUUGACUCUGAGCAUCCAGAGUGGCGCCGUGUGAGUGUCAAGUCCUCACCUCCUGGACGAUGGGGUCACACACUCUCGUGCCUUAAUGAGUCCUGGCUUGUUGUAUUUGGAGGGUGUGGGAGGCAAGGAUUGCUCAAUGAUGUCUUCAUCCUUGACCUAGAUGCCAAGCAGCCAACUUGGACUGAAAUCUCUGGUGGGACUCCCCCAGUCCGUCGGUCCUGGCAUAGUUCUUGUACUGUAGAUGGCUCCAAGUUGGUUGUAUCUGGGGGAUGCACGGAUUCUGGGGUGCUCCUUAGUGAUACAUACUUGCUCGACCUUACAACAGAUAGGCCAGUUUGGACGGAGAUUCCUACUUCCUGGGCCCCACCUUCGAGGCUUGGUCACUCACUUUCCGUUUAUGGGAAGAAAAAUUUAUUCAUGUUUGGGGGACUGGUGAAAAGUGGGCAGUUGAGGCUACGGUCUGGUGAGGCCUAUACCAUUGACAUAGAGACCGAAAACCCUCGAUGGAGGGAAUUAGAGUGUGGUGCACUGGCUGGUACGGGAAGCCAAGGUGCGGUGGUUCCUCCUCCAAGACUUGAUCAUGUAGCUGUGAGCAUGCCAUGUGGCAGGAUCAUUAUAUUUGGUGGUUCGAUUGCUAACCUGCAUUCUCCUUCUCAGCUUUUUCUGUUGGAUCCAUCAGAGGAAAAGCCGUCAUGGAGGACUCUUAAUGUUCCUGGGCAGCCGCCUAAGUUUGCAUGGGGUCACAGUACAUGUGUCGUUGGUGGAACCCGAGUUUUGGUGUUAGGUGGGCAUACAGGUGAAGAAUGGAUACUGAAUGAGUUGCAUGAACUGUGUUUGGCCAGCAAGCAUGACUCUGACCUCUGAACCUUUUCAUCAUGCUGCAUCCCUCUUCAGUAAUGAUGUGAGGGUUUAUUAUAUACUGGGAAGCUGCUAUCCUUUGUAUUUAUGCUCUGAAGUUUCUAUUGUGUGUUACAUUCCAAUUGCAGUUGCUGUUGUAGUAAUGCACGAAAAUUUUGUUGUAUCAUUGUAUAUUAGCACCACAAUCUUUAUCCUUGUAGUUUCCUGAUUUUUAUACGAUUGGCAUCCUUGUGUUGGACCUUUUCAGUAUUCUGUGUGACUUGAUACCGAUUAUGAGGCCGGGUUGUCAAGAUGCUUUCACACAAAGGAGCUCAAGAUGAUUGUUAUAUUGUGUAUUGGUGGCAGUAGUGACUCGGUUGAUUUGGGUGCUGUGGCCAGAUCAGGGACCGGUACUUGUGUUGAAGUAGCUUUGGUACAGCUUGCUCAGUGCAAUUUUGUUGCCUCCUUUAAAGUUUCGAGUCAGUAUGUUCUUAGCCAUAAUUUGGCCCUGUGUUCCUUUUCUUUUUCAUAUUUAUCUGUUUCAGUUGAGCUAGUCUUAAUCGAGAAUCACAUGAGGACAGUAGAAUUGUAUGCUACAUGAAUUUAUAUUCAAGUGAAGGAGGAGAAGCUAAGGCUUCUAUUUGUGAGGCUAUACUA